UCUCUUUCUCACUCUUCUCUCUUCUCUCUUUGAUCCUAAACUGAUUUGCUGGAAAACACAAAAAAAGAAAAAACUCUUUCUUGGAUACUCCGCUCAUCAAAGGUGUGAUCACUGCGUCUUUGCCUACUCCGCUAGGACCACUGACGACGAUGAUGAUCUGAUUCGGCGGUGGGAUGAUUGGAUCGACGGUGAAUGAAGAACCUAAUUGAAACUCGAGGGAACGAAGCGAUUCGGGUUUGGUGGGGGGUUGAAUCGGGGAAGAAAACGAAUUGGGGUUAUCGGAGAGAUGGGUAUCGGUCAUUUUCAAGGAGGAGUAAGAGUGAUGACGGAGAGGUUUGGGAAAAGAGCGGGAGGAGAUGAAGAAGAUGGGUUUGUUGGGGAAGAUGAUGGAGCGAGAGAAAGAAGAAGAACAGAGCUUGGUGGAUCUCUACUUGCUUUCUCAGGCAGCUUUCCCAACAGGAAGGAUUGUAUUUCAAGAACUUGAUAUGGGUUAGAGAGACAAAGGGAAAACAUAUCAUAAUUGACAAUAAUCCACCUCCGCAGCGGUGCUUCCGACAACGGCGACAGUAAACUGACAAUUGAUGCUAGGGUUAGUUUAUUGGUGUAUAUAUAUACUCACGAUCAGCAGCUUUCUUCUCCCCUACAAGUUCACGAUCAGCAGCUUUUUCUCUAUCAAAUUACGGUACACACUGCAAUGGGAGAUUCCCAGGCUGUAAAAGCUAAAGGUCAAUAUAACCAAUGGUUGGAACAUGAAAGCAAGAUGUUAGUCCAGCUGCUAGUGGAUGCAAUCAAUCAGGGUUUUCGUGAUGGUAAUGGAAAAUUCAGCAAAUUGACCAUCGAGACAAGAGUAUUACCAACUCUAAACCAAAAUCUUGGAAUUAACAAAACCUAUAAGGAGUUCAAAAAUAGGUUAAAGAUCUUGAAGAAUAAGUACCUAGGGUUGUCAGAUCAUCUUCGUUUUAGUUCUGGUUUUGGAUGGGACCCUGAAACAAAGAAAUUCACUGCUCCGGAUGAAGUAUGGGCUGACUAUUUGAAGGCUCAUCCUAGUAGGACAAAUCUGCGUGAUGACUCAUUUGAAGAUUUUGGAGAUUUGCAACUGAUUUUUGAAUCAACUACUGCUACUGGAAGGAAUGCUGUGGGAUUAGGCGAUGCCAUUGAUGCAAAUACAUAUCAAGUUGGAGAGAAUGAAGGGACAAAUAAUUCAAGUCAUGUCCAAAUAAUGGAAGAUGAGGAAAUAACAUAUGAAGAAACAUCUGUUCAUGAAGUUUUCUCUGCAUUAGAAACAAGAAGGGGGGGAAAGCUACCUCCAAAAAAGAAGGCUAGAACUGAAACUGAUGCACUUAACUCAAACAAGGCUGUUGAUGAACUGAAUACAGUGCAAGAUUUUGGUCAGCAGAUAUUUGGCAUGAUACAAAAAAGAUGGGAAAAGGAAAAUGAAGAAAAAGAAGCUGAGGACAAAGCUAAUAACGUGUGGGAUGCUAUCAAAGAAAUUCCUGAUUUGGAUGAUGGUUUGCGUUAUGAGGCCAUGACAUUGGUUCACAAGUUAGGUAUGAAAUAUGGAUUUGUCCAUAUGUCUAUAGCAGAUCGCAAGGGAUGGAUUCUAGGAAACCUUCAUAAACCAUGAGAUUGAAGUUGAAGAAGACUUUUUUUUUUUUUUUAAUAGUUUUUAGUUUUCAAAUUAGCAAUACCUUAUG